AUGCAAGAUGUUGAAAUGAUUACAAAUAACAGAGGGACCAGUCAAUUUAAAUGGGAUAAAUCUUUAAUUAAAUAUUCAAUACAUAAUUUCUCUCCAGAUUUGUCAUCUUCUAGGCAAAGAGACGCUAUUAGACGUGCAUUCCAAACAUGGUCAGCUGUUAUACCAAUAAAAUUUGAAGAGACUAGUGGAUCGGCUGAUAUUAAUAUUGUAAGUAAGAUGGAUAAAUUAAAAAAAUAA